UCAAUUUUAACAUUAUUUUUUAGUUUGUUUUACUAGCAUCUCAUCAUCAUUUUGUCUUUUCAGUUCAAAACUUGACAGUCAAACUUGAUAGCGACGAUCGUACGUCCUUGAUCGUCCCUGGUGUCAAUCUGUCAAUCUACAUAAUUUGCACAGGAUUCGAAUGACCUAUAGACGAUGAGUGUCGAAGGAACUGUCAACUAUAUCCUCUUUGACAAUCCGGUCAGCAAAAUCGCAGUCGACUGCCUCAAGAAAGGGGGUUCACUUUUGGGUGUGACUAAGCAGACGGCAAGCAAGGCUACUCAGAAGGGCGCCACCAUGGCUAGUUCAGCUGCUGCUAAUUCAUUGUCCAGGAUGGCCAAGAGCUGCGGGCCUUUUGUGCGAAUUGGUGGCCUCUCUGGAGCGGCCAGCGUUGGUCUUGGUGCCUAUGGGGCGCACUCACUUCUACUAAAGGAAGAUGUGUCCGAUGAAAGGAAGAGGGCCUUUAGCACUGCCAAUCAGUAUCACUUUCUGCACAGUCUGGCCCUGCUUGCUGUUCCUCUUUGCAGGCGCCCAGUUCUGAGUGGUUCCCUGAUGUUGUCUGGACUGGUGCUGUUCUGUGGGCCGUGCUACCACUUUGCUCUAACUGGCGAAACCACCAUAAAACCCGUCACUCCCUAUGGAGGAAUUUUGCUGAUUGUGGCCUGGCUGUCCCUCUGCCUUUAAGUCUCUAAAAUUGCAAGGGAAAAACCGGGAAAAAUAUUACAUAGUCAAUCAAGAGAGGAGCCACUACAUAUUAUAGUGUUAAUUGUUUUGAAAAAUAUGUUUGAAUAUUUGUUUCUUUGUUUGGUAUCUUCAUUUUGUAAUGAAAAUAUAUGUCAAGAAAAUGCUAUCCAUCUGAGAUCAUUAUAUAAAUUAGCAAUAUUUAAUCUAAUAAUAAAUAUAUAUGUUUUGGAAAAAACAU